AUGACGGCUCAAUCUGCUGCGCUUUCAGCGAGCCACGGCGCACUUCCGUGGUACCACUUUGGCUUCCACACGUUUGCCGAGUUCAACACAUACGUCACAUUCGUGCUGCUCGGUAUGUCUAUCAUGAUGGUGACGAGCGCUGUCACGUCUGCACCUGACUUUGUCAGCAAGUACUACAUCUAUGCAACCGGCCAACCAGGCGCGGUUGCGGAAACACCGCUGUUCUGGAAGAACGCUAACACCUUCUACAACGCCGGCACGUUCGCUAUGCAGAUCAUCACUGAGGUUGCUGCCCUGACUCCGUUUGUGCGUUCUAUUCCGCUUGGCAUUCGUCUUUUCCUGGGCCUCGGCAUUCCCUUUGCGGAGCUACUGGUCAUCAUCAUCGUGCCGGCCGCGACCAUCCCGACGCAAAACGGUGCGAUUGCGGUGAUCAUGAUGGUUGCGAUAUUGGGUGGCUUCUCCAAGGCGUUAUGCAACUCGUGCACGAACGCUCUUGUCGGCCCCUUCCCGACCAAGUUCAUGAACGGCGCGCAGUGGGGUCUGACCGUGGUUGCACUCUUCAUGUCAGUCAUCCAGAUCAUCCUUAAGGUGUCAAUGGGGUCGACGUUCCAUGACGUGCUCACUAUCUCCCGCAUCUACUUUGGCAUUGGUAUUGCUAUUCAGGUGGUUGCUGUUGUGGAGCUCUUCUUGCUGCGCUACAACCCAUUUGCACACAAGUACAUCGCCGAGUUCCGCUCUGCUGCGCUGCACCGCCGUGGUGAGGUGGUGGAGGAGUCGUCCGAUAGCAAAGAACCUGCGACGGGCGAUGUUGCAGAGGUAUCUUACAAGGCGGAGAGCAAAGAGGGUGCCCUCGAUGAGGGGGAGGAGCUGGAUGAGGUGCGCGCGGUGCACAACGACUCGGCUGACAAGAGCGGCGGUGUGCUUGCGGCGACUGGCGAUGCGGAUCAUAUGACAGAUCUGGAUCAGACGAAGAACAUCACGUCGACGGAGCAGAUGCUUCGCACCUCCGUCUUUUCUGUGUUCAAGCGAGUCUACCCGAUGCUCCUGUGCGCCUUCGCAAUCUUUUUCACGAGCCUGUUUCUCUUCCCUGGUGUGUUCUUUCUGGUGCCGGCAAACAGCGACUGGUAUAUGACCAUCAUUGUUGCGCUAUUCAACGCGGGUGACUUUAUUUCGCGCAUUCUCCUGAUGGUCCGUGCGCUGCGCCCACCACCAAAGGUCAUCAUUGGCGGUACUGUUGGCCGCCUCAUCGUGGUUCCGUUUCUCGUCCUGUGCGUGCGCGGUAUCAUUCCCGGCGUCGCUCUGCCAUACAUCCUCAUCUUGCUGCUGGGGUUGACCAACGGCUACUUUGGUACUAUGUCGUGCAUCUAUUGCCCGCGCACGCCAACCCUACACUACGCCGGCGAGCGCUCUGUGGCCGCCAUACUUUCGGGUGUCUUUCUGAUGCUGGGUCUGUGCUUCGGUUCCAACCUGUCCCUCGCCAUUACCCUGACGCACAAGUAA